AUGCUGGUGCACUUCUUUAUGCUCAGAGAUAAGAUGGCAAUCCUGGAGGCGGUAAAGAACCACACGCCAUAUCAAUUCAAAGCCGUGCAGCUCCACUUUCUGCAGGACCUCUGUCGUUCUGCACCAAAUUGGAGAAGGUCACUUCAACGGGUGACACAGACUUUGAGAACAUUGGGAAUUACCGCUACCAAAGACGGCCGCACCUGCCAACUAUUAUCUGCGGAUGAAGCAGCAGCUUUCCUGCAGAGAUUGGGACUUCCCCAGCCAGCAAGCAGCAAUGAAGGGCAGAAAGGGAUCUGGGAUGUCACCAAGAUUGUCGCCAAGUGGGAUGUCGCCAAGUGGGGUCCCUCCUGUACCUUAACCGCUACCAAAGACGGCCGCACCUGCAAACUAUUAUCGGUGGAUGAAGCAGCAGCUUUCCUGCAGAGAUUGGGACUUCCCCAGCCAGCAAGUAGCUAUGAAGGGCAGAAAGGGAUCUGGGAUGUCGCCAAGAUUGUGCCAUUCAUACCAUGA